AUGGAAUCUUUGAUGAGACCUAAGAUUCACAAGUACAAUCAGAAAGCAUACGGCAGAACCAAGGCCAAUGCACCCUGCAAGAAACACCCCAAACACACACAAUCUCCGGGCGUCUGCUCCCUCUGUCUCAACCAAAAGCUAUUCCGAUUAACAAAUUCUGCUUCUUCCCGCCCCAAAAGACCCGCAAAUUUGCCCUACUGCUCCUCCUCCUCCUCCUCCUCUUCCUAUAUAUCAUCUUCUGAUGAAUCUUCGUAUUCAUCUCCCGUGUUGAGCUACGCAGCCUCCAGGGCUACAAAAUCUACGAGGCUUUUCAAGAAUUUCGGCCAAGAAACACUCAAGAAGAGCCGAUCAAUGGCGUUUUUCCUGCAAAUGAGGAAAGAAGAAGAUAAAAAAUGCGUUGAGAUGAAACGUGGGUUUUGGUCGAAAUUGCUGUCCACCAAAAAUAAGGCGUUGAUGCAUUCAAGAACUACGCGGGAAAGAGUUGUUGCUGCAGUUCAAUAA